CGGCACUUCCGGUGCCCACGCGCCGCCGCCGCGCAGCUCCGGGGCCGUCACUUUGUGUAGCGCGGGGCGCGCAGGCCCCGGCCCGGCCCGGGUGUCCGGCGGCGGCUCGGCGGCCGGCGCGCGCGGCCGAGCUGAGGCUCCCUUCCAGAGACGAUGGCGGCCCUUCACACGACUCCAGACUCCCCAGCCACCCAGCGGGAGAGGGCGGAGGACGGGUCGGAAUGUGAUCCUGAUCAGGAGGAAGAAGAGGAGGAAGAAAAGGGGGAAGAGGAGGGGGAGCUGGCGAAGGAGGAGGUGAUGGUAGUGGAGGCCGAGGAGGCCGAGGAGGCCGAGGCCGUGGGAGAGGUGGCAGAGGAGCUGGAGGCGGACGGGGUGCAGGCAGGGCCGGGGCAGCAGGUGGAGGCGGAGACGGAGGACGCCGAUGCGGAGGUGGUGGUGGCAGAAGAGCAGAGUCCGGCGUCGGGGACCCAGGAGCACCUUAACUGUGGUGGGGAUGCCGAGUCCCCAGGUCUUCGGGAAAAGGCCCUGCAGGCCCCCCGGGCUCCAGCCCUGCCGAGGGAUGAGGACCUGGAGCAGGACGAGGACGAGGACGAGGACGAGGAAGAGGAGGAAGAGGAUGAGGACGAUUCCCUGACAUCGGGGUCUCAGGGGCUGGUGACCUUUGAAGAUGUGGCUGUGUAUUUCUCCCUGGAGGAGUGGGAAAGGCUGGAUGCGGACCAGCGGGAGCUCUACAAGGAAGUCAUGCAGGAAAACUAUGGGAUCCUGGUGUCUUUGGGAUACCCAAUCCCUAAGCCGGAUCUGAUCUUCCGGCUGGAGCAAGGAGAGGAGCCUUGGGUCCCGGAUAGCCCCCGUCCCGAGGAGGGAGACAUUGUCACCGGUGUCUACACAGGGGCCUGGUUCUGGACCGACGACAUAGAGGACCACGAGGAGGACGACGACGAGGACUUCCUGGCAGAGGUGGCCGAGGAGGAGAACGAGCCCCCAGGGCUGUGGUCUGCGGCCUACGGCGUGGGGGACGUGCCUGGGACCUGGGGCCCCGACGACUCGGAUUCGGCGCAGACUCCAGAGGGGUGGGGUCUUGACCCCAGCGGCCUCGGGGUCCUGGCCGAGGGGUCUGAGGCGAAGCCCUUUCUGCAGGGCCGGGAGCCGGGCGCGAGCCUGCUGGCGCCCUGGGCAUUCCCGGCCGCGGUGGCCGCUCCAGCCGGGCGGCCGGAGACGACGUGUGACGUGUGCGGUAAAGUGUUCCCGCACCGGUCCCGGCUGGCCAAGCACCAGCGUUACCACGCGGCCGUCAAGCCCUUCGGCUGCGAUGAGUGCGGCAAGGGCUUCGUGUACCGCUCGCACCUGGCCAUCCAUCAGCGCACCCACACUGGCGAGAAGCCCUUCCCGUGUCCGGACUGCGGCAAGCGCUUCGUGUACAAGUCGCACCUGGUCACGCACCGGCGCAUCCACACGGGCGAGCGGCCCUACCGCUGCGCCUUCUGCGGCGCGGGCUUCGGGCGCCGCUCCUACCUGGUCACGCACCAGCGCACGCACACCGGCGAGCGGCCCUACCCCUGCCCGCACUGCGGCCGCAGCUUCAGCCAGAGCUCGGCGCUCGCGCGGCACCAGGCCGUGCACACGGCCGACCGGCCUCACUGCUGCCCCGACUGCGGCCAGGCCUUCCGCCUCCGCGCCGACUUCCAGCGCCAUCGACGGGGCGGUGGCUGCGUGGAGCCCGGCGGCGACGGCCCUCGGCGCGAGCCCUGUGAGACAGUGCCCUCGGCGGGGCCCGAGGAGGCCGAGGCCGGGCCCGAGGGGCCUGAGGUUGACGAAGCAGACGGAGAGGCCGAGGGAGAGGCCGAGGCGAGAGAGGCGGCGAUGGAGGCGCCCACCCCCGGGAGAAAGGACGACCCCGAGCCGGACAGGCGGUUUCUGGGGCUGGGCAACGGCCUGGGGGAGGGUGAAGGCCCUUCCUCGCACCCGCUCGGCUUCCACUUUCCCAUGCACCCCAAGUCUUGGCUCCACCCGGAUGGCUUUCCGAUCCUGGGCCUCCCAGACUUCGCGGAGCGGCUGUCGACCGACGGGCGCCCCGUGCCCGGACCCCUGGGGGGCCGGCUCUCCCUGGUAGAAGGCGCGGGGCUGGCCUGCGACCCUUUCGGCAGCGGUGCUGGGCCUGGGGGCGGCGGCGGCCUGCGUGCGUUCGGGCCUGCAGUCGGGGGGCUUUUGGCGGAGCCUGCGCCUGCCGCGCUGGCCGAGGAGGAGAGCCCGUGGAUAUGUUCCGACUGCGGCAAGACGUUCGGGCGCCGCGCGGCGCUGGCCAAGCACCAGCGCUACCACGCGGGCGAGCGGCCGCACCGCUGCGCCGACUGCGGCAAGAGCUUCGUGUACGGCUCGCACCUGGCGCGCCACCGCCGCACGCACACGGGCGAGCGGCCCUUCCCGUGCCCCGAGUGCGGUGCGCGCUUCGCCCGCGGCUCGCACCUGGCGGCGCACGUGCGUGGCCACACGGGCGAGAAGCCCUUUGUGUGCGGCGUGUGCGGGGCGGGCUUCAGCCGGCGCGCGCACCUGACGGCGCACGGGCGCGCGCACACGGGCGAGCGGCCCUACGCGUGCGGCGAGUGCGGCCGCCGCUUCGGGCAGAGCGCGGCGCUGACGCGACACCAGUGGGCGCACGCCGAGGAGAAGCCGCACCGGUGCCCCGACUGCGGCAAGGGCUUCGGCCACAGCUCGGACUUCAAGCGGCAUCGGCGCACGCACACGGGCGAGAAGCCCUUCCGCUGCACCGACUGCGGCCGCGGCUUCGCGCAGCGCUCCAACCUGGCCAAGCACCGGCGCGGCCACACGGGCGAACGGCCCUUCCCGUGCCCCGAGUGCGGCAAGCGGUUUUCGCAGCGCUCGGUGCUCGUGACACACCAGCGCACGCACACGGGCGAGCGGCCCUACGCCUGCGCCAACUGCGGCCGCCGCUUCUCGCAGAGCUCGCACCUUCUCACCCACAUGAAGACGCACCGCGGCACGGCGGGCGCGCCCGGCCAGAUGCCGGCCGCCCCCGCGCCCAAGGCCGAGGCACCCGCUAAGGGGCCGCCGAGCGCGGGCGCGGGGACCGGGCCCGGGGAGCGCGGCAGCACCCUGCUGGAGUUCGCAGGCGGAACGAGCUUCGGCUCCGAACCGACGGCCGCGUUCGCGGGGCCCUCGGGCGCCUACGAGGAGAGCAUCAUGUGAGGGCCCCAGGCCGACGGAGGCGCAGCCCGCUAGGCCACCGGCACCUUGCGGCUCGAGCGCCGGCCGCUGAGCGCCGGCCCCUUGCUCUUCUGGCCUCAGGGGGCUGAGGGUCCCAGUCCUGGCGCGGU